GUAAUUAUUUUGAAAACUCUCCCUUGUUAACUGCUUGUCAGAAUAACCAUGUGUAUAUAGUGAAACUGUUACUUGAAAACAAAGCAGACAUUGAUAAGUGUACAAGAUGGGCAUUUCUCCUCUGUUUAUUGCUUGUCAGAAGAAUCAUAUAGAUAUAGUAAAACUGUUACUUAAAAACAAGGCAGACAUAAACAUGGGUAUAUCUUCCCUAUAUAUUGCUUGUAAGAACAAACAUGUAGAUAUUGUAAAACUGUUACUUAUAAACAAUGCAGACACUAACAAGUGUACAAAAUGGAACAGCCUUCCUCUAGAUAUUGCUUGUCAAGAGAAUCAUGAAGCUAUAGUCCAGCUGUUACUUGAAAAUAAGGCAGACAUUAAUAAUUAUAAUGGUUAUGCAAUGUUUCCCUUGUAUGUUGCUUGUCAGAAUAAUCAUAUAGGUAUAGUAAAGCUGCUACUUGAUUACAAGGCAGACACUAAUAAGAGUAUGAUCGAUGGAACAUCUCCCCUGUUAAUAGCCUGUCAGAUGGAACAUCUUAAUGUAGUGAAGAUGUUACUGGACAACAGUGUAGAAAUUAAUACGUGUAAAAUUAAUGGAACAUCUCCACUGUAUAUCGCUUGUCAGAAGGGUGAUAUAAAUAUAGUAAAGUUGUUACUUGACAACAAAGCAGAUAUAAAUAAGUGUAGGAUUGAUGGCACAUCUCUCCUGUAUGUUGCUUGUCAGAUGGAACAUUUUGAUAUAGUAAAGCUGUUACUUGACAAGAAGGCAGACAUUAAUACGUUUAAAAAUAAUGGAACAUCUCUCCUGUAUAUUGCUUGUUUGAAGGGUGAUGUAGACAUAGUAAAGUUGUUACUUGACAACAAAGCAGACAUUAACAAGUGUAACAAUGAAGGAACAUCUCCCCUGUGUAUUGCUUGUCAGGAGAAUUAUGUAGAUAUAGUAAGGAUGUUACUAGAUAACAAUGUAGACAUUGAUAAGUGUACAGAUGACGGAGUAUCUCCCCUGUUUAUUGCUUGUCAACAGAAUCAUGCAGAUGUCAUAAAACUGUUGCUCGACAAGAAAGCAGACAUUAAUACGUGUAAAAAUAAUGGAACAUCUCCCCUGUAUAUUGCUUGUCAGAAGGGUGAUGUUGAUAUAGUAAAGUUGUUACUUACCAAUAAAGCAGACAUUAAUGUGUGCAGAGAGGAUGGAGAAUCUCCCAUGUUUAUCGCUUGUCUGGAGAAUCAUGUAAAUACAGUAAAGCUGUUACUUGACAACAAAGCAGACAUUAAUAAGUGUAGAUAUACUGGAUCAUCUCCCCUGUAUAUUGCAUGUCAACAUGAUUAUGUAGAUAAAGUAAAGUUGUUACUUGACAACAAAGCAGACAUUAACAAGUGUAACGAUGAAGGAACAUCUCCCCUGUUUAUGGCUUGUCAAGAGAACUAUGUAGAUAUAGUAAGGCUGUUACUAGAUAACAAUGUAGACAUUGAUAAGUGUACAGAUGACGGAUUAUCUCCCCUGUUUAUUGCUUGUCAACAGGAUAAUUUAGAUAUAGUAAAACUGUUACUUGACAACAAGGCAGACGUUAACAAGUGUAACGAUGAAGGAACAUCUCCCCUGUUUAUUGCUUGUCAAGAGAAUUAUAUAGAUAUAGUAAAGCUGUUACUAGAUAACAAUGUAGACAUUGAUAAGUGUACAGAUACUACUGUUUAUUGCUUGUCUGCAGAAUCAUGCAGAUGUAGUAAAACUGUUGCUUUACAACAAGGCAGACGUUAA